AUGCCCUCCUACAGUACAUUUGUGCCAAUACCGUACAUUGACGUUGGGGCGUGCGUCGGUACGAUAUCAACGUCAUUGCAACUCUGCGGGCCUCACGAAACCAAAUCGAGCAAAUUGAUGGCUUCAUUCCGCUCGGGACGAGGGGGCAAGAAUAGGUCGAAGCCGCGCGGAGCCGGUGCCGGUGGAGGCAACGUUGACUUUCGCUGGAACAAAAACAGAAACAAACGCAGCCGCUACGAUGCAAAUUUGCAUGAAACUGGUGAUUCCAUCCCCGACGACAAUCUGGGCAAUGCGACAGGCGUAGCUGCGACCGGCCGGAAAAAGGAGAAAAAAGAAUCCAUCAAAGAACGCCAGCGAAACGCAAAGCGACGACGUCGCGAGAUGCACGAGCGCGACAGACAAGAGUCCGAUGAGAUGAUCCGCUCAUCUCCGGCUCAGUUUUUGUGGAAAAGAUAUCUCGAAUGGGCGAGGGAUAAGCUCACUUCCGUCGAGAAGAAGGUCGAUAGGUGGACGCAGGAACAUGUCGUGUCGGUGGAGAGCAGGGAUGAUGCAACACUCAUUCAACUCGUUAAAGAAGUUGUCGGUCAUGAUUACAUCGCUCAGGGUGAGUGGAAGAAAAAGCAGAACGCUCUUCCUGGCGUGGCUUGCAUCGCUUUGGCAUUGAGCGCGCUGCGGGCGGUAUACCUUGCGAAAGGGGUGUACGAUGGUAAGCCUGUUGGUAAGCUGUUUAGUAAGCAUAUCAAGAUUGAGGUGCAACAAGAGUGGCUCAGGAAAUGCUGUAAGGAUGGGCUGGCGCCCAGCGCGGCUGGCACGGCAAAGCGCGUGCAGCGAUUGAUUGAGGAGGGGGCUAUGACGCUCAAGCAUACCUCUGUACUUGUUAUUGACUUCCAUCGCGAUGAUAAGGAUAGGAAUAUCCUCGACUUUCCUACGCUCAAGGAGGAGUUGUUCGACUUUUUGCACAACCAUGCAAGGACCCUCAUCGCGGAAGGCAAAAUGAAGAUCGUCUUGUACGCCCCGAGACAGGUCGAGAAUGCUGAUGAUGCUGAGGAUGCUUCUGGCAAGGAUGAGGAACAAGAACAAAGCGAAUGAUUCGAUAUGCGCGGGUAUAACAGAAACGAGAAGAGGCUCAUGUAAUACAUAUGACAUUAGAAAAUCAUCAUUGACCGACGUUGCAACUUGUAAAUAGGAUUGUUCUCACA